AUGGACGGCCCGACGGUCAAGCUGGCGGAGCUGCUGCGGCACCCGGACGACCUGGAGAAGAUCUCGGCGCUCAAGUUGGAAUUUGCGCGCAAGAAGGCGGCGGUGGACAGUCAGCUGCGGGCGGGACUGCGCGACCAGCUGGAGACGACACAGAGCGGGAUGACGGGGCUGACGGAAGGGCAGAAGGCGGUGCAGCAAAUCAAGGAGGAGAUGAUGCAGAUCGACAAGCUGUGCUCGGAGAGCCAGAACAUGAUUAAAGAUUUUGCGACGAUCAACCUGGUGUCGCAGGCACAGCGCAACUUUGCGGCGGUGGAGGCGAUGCGGCACAACCUGGAGACAUUCAACGAGCGGCUGGCAGCGGUGGAAGUGAUGCUGCGGGCAGACGACGCGGACGCGGAGAACAUGCCGAACCUGCUGGCGAUCCACUACGAGUUGACGCAGCUGCGGAACAUUCGGGACGAUGCGAUGGAGCAGAUCCAACGGGCAGAGGACGCGAGCCUGCAGUCGACGUUGGAGGACUACUUUGAGCGACUAGACGGGGCGAUCGACUGGUUUGACGAGCACGUGGGCCUGAUUGCGACGAGCCUGAUCAGCCUGGUGACGUCGGAGAACAACAACCUGGUGGUGCGAUUUGCACUGGUGAUCGAGGCGGAGGAGACGAGCGACCAGCGGGUGCAGGCGCUGCAGGACGCGAUGCGGGACCACAAAGAGAUCGCGUCUCGGUUCCAGGGGAUAGCAGACGGGGCAAAGGCAGUGCGGGGAUACAAGGACAAGUUCAUGGAGGCAAUCCGGGCGUUUGGCGAGGCGCAGUUUGAGCACAGCCGAGAGGCGUUUCUGGAGGACCCGAGCCGGCUGGAGAAGGAGCUGCGGUGGUACUUUAACGACCUGAACGCGGUGCGACUGGGAAUGGUGCCACUGAUGCCGAAGAAGUGGCACAUUAUGCGGACAUACACGGGCAUCUACCACGAGCUGAUGCACGGGUUCCUGAUCGGACUGGUGGACGACCCGGAGACGAGCACGGCACACACGCUGGAGAUCAUCAACUGGCCGGACAAGUACUACAAGAAGAUGCAGAAGCUGGGAUUCCCGGCGGACGACGAGGUGUUGACGCCACACGUGCUGGACAACCGGGCAACCGAGCUGGUGCGUGAGUUCCGGCAGCUGAUCAUCAAGUUCCUGGACGAGUGGAUCGAGCGGAUCGGGCAGCAGGAGCGCAAGGACUUUGCAGAGCGGGCGACAGCGGAGGCGAGCGGCGGAAACAACAGCAGUGGCAGCGGAGCGGGCUCGAACCUGGACCAGGAUGAAUACGGGUAUUUCCGGACGCGCAACCUGGUGGACCUGUGGCGGAUGCUGCGGGAGCAGAUCGACGUGGCGGCCAACUCGCAGCGGGCGGACGUGGUGGAGGGCGUGGUGGAUGCCAUGUUUGAGCGGCUGCGAACACGACAGCAGACGGUGCAGAAGAUGCUGGAAGACGAGGCGGCACCGUACGAGGCCGGCCGGGUGCCGGAGCUGGACGGGUUCCAGCCGCUGCAGGACUGGCUGGUGGCGACGGCGAACGACCAGAUUGCGUGCAUUGACGACGGCGAGGAUGCGGUGACGGGUGCGGCGCGGCUGGCGUACCUGUCGAGUUUCCGGGACAAGAUCGAGCCGCUGGUGUCGGCGCAGUUUAUGCAACAGCGGGUGGACGUGGAGAUGGCGGCGCUGCGGGACGGCUACGUGGAUCUGAGCACGUGGUGCAUGGGCCGAUUUUCGGAGCUGGUGUUUGCGGUGGAUUUCCGGGGCGUGAUGCCCGACUUCUUCACGGCGACGCGAUGGUAUGGCGGCACGGCGAUGAAGCAGAUGGUGGCCACGCUGGAGGAGUAUGUGGCGGGCUACCGACAGGUGCUGCACCACUCGCUCGUGGACGUGUUUGUGGAGAUCCUGUCGGACACGCUGCUGACGCGCUAUCUGCUGGCUGUGCGCAACAAGGGCGCCAAGCUGCGGCGGACGGACCCGUUCCAGGACCAGAUCUUUGCCGAUGUGGCGACCGUGUUCGAGAUGUUUGACGCGAUCGGUGCCGGUGGCAGCGGCGGCAGCGAGCUCGUCGCCGGGCUCAAGCAGACGUGGCGCGUCAUGGAGCAGUUCCUCGCCCUGCUCACGACGCCCAAGGAACAGGUCCCCGAGACGUUUGCCGCCUUCAAGACGGCCUACUGGGACCUCCAGAUCGGCUGGGUCGAGGCUGUCUUGCGCGUGCGCGACGACUUUGACCGCAGCAUGCUCAACGCUGUCAAGGCGCGCGCCGCCCAGAUCUAUGUCGAGCGGGGACCGGAGACGAUCAUGAGCAAGGUGAAGUAG